GCCCGUUUGACGUUCUUCACAGAGAUCGCAAGCGAAAGCUUCUUUCACAGAGAGAGAGAGAGAGAGAGAGGGGUAAUGGCGCUGUGCUCAUGCUUUGGCCCAUCGAAGGCGGAGAGGAAGGAGGCAGAGCGCCUCGAGUCGCAGGAAGCGCGCGCUAAAGCCGCGGAUGCAGCCCAAAAGCGGCAAGAGCAGUUUGAGAAGUCGGCUGUAGGGAGGGCUGCGCGUUCGCAAGUGGUGGCUGCGUCAAAGCAAUCCAAUUCCAACAACGCAGGAGAACCAGUUCUUAAGUGGCGAAUAGGAUGAAGAAUAGAGAAGUGCUUCUUUGAUUAUAUCUAAUCAUAGUGUGUUUGAAUAACAGGCAUUAUAAUUCACAAGACUAGUAAAGCUGGUUGGACUUGCCUAUGUACAUAAUGCAGUUCAGAUCAUAUGUUUUUGUCAAACUAUGGCAGCUUCUUUGUACUUGUGAAUAAUAUAGCUAUAUUUGACUUAUCUUCUAGUGAUGCUUGAACAAGCAUCAUUGUGUCAAUGUACUUAUACUGUAUAUGAUUUUGUAUAGACUUAAGUGUUUGAUAUUAA